UCCAAAUAACAGUACUCUUAUUCCAUUAUUGCGAUGAAUCCUUACCGUCAAAGAUAAAAAAGAAAAAUGAAACAUUUUAUUUCUAACUAAAUUAAAAUUCAAAACCUAUUGGUAUAUAGAGUGUAGUAUAUGUCUGUCAUGCAUUGUUAAUUCCCAUUCACCAAAACAAGCUUUAUAUAUAAACUCUCAAAAGCAAAGCAACCUCCCAACCACAGAACGAAGCUCAUGGAACCCAACGGCGACUCCUUCUGGUUUCAACCCCCCGCCGUGCUCCACCCCCGCCGCCGCCGUCCUCAGCCGGCUCCGCUCGUCAAUCCGGUGGCUCUAAUCCUUACCAUUCCAAUUAUCGCUCUGCUCAUACUGUUUUUUGUGCUACCUCCAUUUAUCUCUCACACGAAUCAAAUCCUCAGACCCAAUUCGGUUAAGAAGAGCUGGGAUUCGCUCAACAUCGUCUUGGUUUUGUUCGCCAUUCUCUGCGGCGUCUUCGCGCGACGGAACGACGAAGCUCCGCCGUCUGAAGAGGCGGUUGCCGCUGACGAUCGCCGAAUUCCGGCUGCGGCGGCUACUGUUUCGAACUUUGUGGACAGGCCUAGGCAGUCUGUUCCGGCGUGGAUGGAUUUUCCGGAUCAGAGAGACUACAACAGCAUCGGUAGUGGCAGCAGCGUUGGCGGCGGUGGGCUGCGGCGGAGCAGCAGUUCUUAUCCCGAUCUCCGGCAGGAGUCGGUGUGGGAGAGUGAAGGUGGAAACAGGAACAGGUUUUUUGAUGAUUUUGAGGUGAAUUUCUACCGGUCUCCGCCUCGGGAAGAAAAUUAUGAGCUCCGCCGUAGGCGGAGCCAUGAGGCGGAGAGGCAGGAGGCUGAGCCGGUUGUUAGGGAAAUUCAUGUGGAUAAAUUUGAGAUCAGCUCGGCUCCAUCGCCGCCGCCGCCGCCGCCACCACCUCCUAAAUCCGCGACUCCUCCGCCUCCCCCGCCGCCUCCGCCCACUUUGAAGCGGAGGCGAUCCCUCCAUAGUGUGCCACGUGCGGAAAUCGUUGACACGCGCAAAGAUGAAGCUGAAGUUAGCCAGCACGGACGGCGGCAUCCUCCUCUUCCAGCAUCGCCCCCUCCGCCGUCUGCGGCGCCGGAAUUUGAGUAUCCGGAGGAAGUAAGCGUGAAGAUCAACCGGAAAAAGAGUGGUACGAAAGAAUUCACGACGGCAAUAGCUUCGUUGUACAAAGGUCGGGGGAAGAGAAAGAAGAGAGUGAAAAGUAGAAAUAUCUACGAGAUUGCCGCUGAGAAUUCCUCUCCACCUUCCGCUGUGGAAUCACAAUCCGCUCCUCCUCCCCCACCACCACCACCGCCGCCGCCUCCCCCACCUCCCCCUCCUCCGCCAGCUAAGGUGUUACAAAACCUGUUCAAAAAGAGCGGUAAAAGCAAGCGCGUACAUUCUAUUCCCACCACCACGAGCGCCGCCCCGCCCCCACCGCCACCGCCCCCGCCCCCGAACUCGAUUUUCAACAAUCUAUUCAAAACAGGCAGCAAAAGCAAGCGGUUCCUCCACUCAUCCGCAGCUCCAGUACCGCCCCCUCCACCUCCACCGCCGCCUUCGUCAAUUCUCAACACAUUAUUCAAAACCGGAAGCAAAAGCCGGCGCUUCAAGAACGCCACAACUAGCCCGCCACAGGCGCCUCCACUACCGCCGUCACGGCGGCGGCAGCCCAGCACCGGCAAGCCUCCCAAACCCACGAAACCGGCGGAACAUCAGUACGAGAUUAUCGCCCCAGCGUCGCCGUUGAUCCCACUUCCGCCGCCGCCGCCGCCAUUCAGAAUGCCGGAAGUGAGAUUCGUGGCCCGAGGCGACUUCGUGAGAAUCCGCAGCACGCAUAGCUCCCGGUGCAGCUCGCCGGACCUAGAGGACGUAGACAGCAUGUCAGUUAAAUCCGACGGCGGAGAUUCAAUAGGGCCGUCGGUUUCUUGUCCCAGCCCGGAUGUGAACGCCAAGGCCGACUCCUUCAUCGCCCGCCUCCGAGAUGAGUGGAGGCUCGAGAAGAUCAAUUCAGUAAAAGAGAAACGCAUAUCCACCGACGCCCACCAUUAACCUCAAUCUCACUUCACUUCACUUCUACUGUGCUCGCUUUUUUUCCACACAUUCAUUCUUUUUUCUUUUUUCUUUUUUCUUUGUUCUUUCUUGGUUUUGUUUUUUUGGGGUCUUCUUAUACACAGAAAAAGACUUGAUUACAUUAUGGUACAAUAGUAUAAAAAUGAAUGGUGAUGAUGAGAUGGUAUUGGUAGAGUUGAAAUUUGUACAAGAGAGUUAAUGAUGUGGCUCCAAUUUGUGGUUUUUUUGUUAUCAAAUCUGGAGGCCCUUGAGUAGUAGAGGAAUGUGGAGUUUGAGCUCAUCAUGUUCACUACUACUGUGUUUGGAUUGUCUGUGUUGCAGAGCUGCUAUACAAAGUGAGAUGUAAUCUAAUGUAUGUAUCUAUUCACCUUUUCCCUACUGUAAA